UCAAAAAAGCUGGUUCCAAUAUAAAAGUUCGACACGUGUUAUAAUUAUUUUAUAAAAAAUAGGAGAUGUAUUUUUAACAUAUAAAAUAUAUAUCAUAAAAUGGUUCAAGCUCCAGGUAUAAGUAUGGCUCAUAAAGAUCUUCCGCAAGCAUUGAUAUUAUUAAACGAAAUGAAUGUUAGUGCCCAACAUGUAGCCUCUCUUGUUGACAACAUGAUUCAAAAGGUGCGAAAAGGAGAAUUAUCAACUGAUCAAGGUUUAAGUUUUUUAGAAAUGAAAUAUAAUAUGUUAUUAAGCUAUCUUAUAAAUGUUACUUAUGUGGUGCUGCGGAAAUGUUCUGGUGAAAGAAUAGAGGAUGAUCCUUGUAUAGACAGACUAAUAGAAAUUAGAACAGUAUUGGAAAAAAUAAAACCAAUUGAACACAAACUGAAAUACCAGAUAGAUAAAUUAGUUAAAACGGCAGUGACUGGAACAAAUGCUGAUGAUCCAACAACAUUUAAAGCAAAUCCAGAAAAUUUAAUUGGACAGAUGGAUGAGGCGUCCGACAGCAGUGAGGAGAGUGAUGAAGAAAAUGAGAAAGCAGAAAAGAAAAACUAUGAUAUUUAUGUGCCUCCUAAGUUAUCUGCUGUACAUUAUACUGGUGAUGAAACGGUGCAAGAACGAAUGAAACGUCUACAGGAAAGAUCUAAGAAACUCGCAUUGUCUUCUUCGAUUAUGCAAGAUCUUCGUGAGGAAUAUCUUGAUACACCUAUAGAAAUAACUCAGAGUAGUAGAGCUCAACAGAUCUUGUCAAAGCAUCAGCAGGAAAUUCAGAAGUACGAGGAAGAAUACAUGACCCGACUUCCUGUCACUAAAUCUGAGAAACACAGGCGGCGGCAAUUAACUACACUGGGGUCAUUAGGUGAUGAAAUCACAAAUUUCGGCUCUUCUCAAGGUACAGGUGGUAAGCGAAAAAGAAAGAUACCAACUAAAUCAAAAGGCAAACAUUUCAAAAAGAAAAGGUUUAAUUGAUUUUUUGAUGAUUUCCAAUUACUUACUACAUUGGCAAACUAUUUAUGUGCAAACAUAUUUUAAAUACCCCAGAUGUUAUCAUUUUCAAAGCUCAUUUUAAUAUAUAGGCACUUUUGUUAAAAAUUCAAUUAAAUGUUUUUUUUAAUUGAGAAAAUUCAGGAAGUAGUAACAGAUGUCAUUUCCUAUAAAGAUAUUUUAAAAUGUUAAAAGAUAUAUUGAAAGUCGAAUUCAUAACAGAAAUUGACUCUUAUAACUGCCAUACAAGGUAUUUUUAUACGACCUAAUUUAUAUGUCCACUUCAUAUAAUAUUCUGAUAUACAGGGUGUAACUGAGAGGGGGCAUAUUUAUGCAGAGGCUUCCUUUGACCUGUAGAAAAUGGGCGUAUUCAGACAAGGUCAACCGCUAAAUAAAAACUGCUAGCAGGGCUGUUAAUCAGCCGUUUGCAUAAUAUUAAAUAGAGUUCUUAGCCUGAGGCGAUCGAAAAAGAAAUGUAACCUUAUUUUGUCAAUAUGUCUAAAAAAAUCUUAAUAAUUAAUAUCAACAGUAGGUAUGUAUGUAGCCAGAGUAUUUUUUCUUAAACUUGGGGUUACAAAAUUUAUCUAUUCUCUUUCGAUAUUCAUGUAAUAAAAGCAUAAUAUUUUCAUGUUGCCGCAUCAAUCUCUCCUCUGAUUGACCAAAGUUUUGGAUAUCUUGGUUUUUUAUAUACAGAAAUUUAAAAUUUUUAUCUACAUUCAUAAACAUGUAUAUCUUUACUUACCAUCUAUCAAGUCUUGCUCUUCCACUUGACUAUUUCCAGAAUUGUUGGACAAAUUCUAGUUUAUUUUUUCAAAUUCCGUCGUGAAAAUUUAAUGAAUUUUUUUUAACCUUUUCCUAGUAAUUUUCAUACUCCGCCACUGGACAAGUUAGUGUAACCUCAAAACGCGCAUACACAAUAGGAAACUGAAUUGUUGUCAAAUUUUAUAUUUAAAGUAAAUCUUAUUAAAAUGCAAAUUUUUAAAAACAUCAGAAUGUUUUUUUUUAAUGUUCAGCGCUUCGAUCACAGUGAUAUCAAAAAAAUAUGGUGACUUUAAAAUAACAUGUCACGAAGUUGUACAAAUGGAGUCAGUUUUACCAAAUUAUUUUUCAUUGUCACUUCCCAAAAUGUAGGUUGAUUUAAAAACAACUGGCAACGUUCAUAAUUAGAGACCGCACUUCGUUCGCACAUCUCAGGUCCGUACUUCAGCCGACGAUCUCAAUAUUUAAAUAUUCAUCCAUUCUUCACAAAAUAAUAAUAGUGCCGGUUAAUCGACAAAUGCACCAUGUUUAUUUACCCCGCACGUGUCAAGGUCAUGGUAGUCAGUCGACGGGCGGGGGGAACGGAUUUCAUUCCUAUUAGACGGGACCAUUGCGUGCUAAUCAUACGUAAGGAAACGGUAUAUAUGCAUAUUUUUAAUUAUGUUAGAUGUUAGUUAAAGUGUAAAAAUGUCGCGUCGGCUUCCCGCUCGCUCUACGGUCGAAAACUGGAUAAAAGAUUACCCCGAUUUAGAAUUCGACAGAGCAGAACUAAGGUGCAAAAUUUGUGAAUGCGUUAUAUCGUGGAAUUAUAUAACACGAAUUGCGGAACACAUAAACUCAGAAAAACACAAAGCUCGCGAAAGUAACAGUAUGACCACCAGUGAACGACAAAAUUGAUAGCUAAUGUUAGAAAAUAUUUUUGAAAGCACCAGCCCGGAUAAAUUUGUUCAGAGAAACUCUUCCAGGCGUACCACUACUUCCAGAACCUGUUUUGACACGUUGGGGUACGUGGUUAGACGCAACAUCUUAUUAUUACGUACACUUUGACGGCAUAAAAAAUGUUAUACAGCAAUUGAAUUCAAGUGAUGCUACUUCUAUUUUAUGUGCUCAAAGGAUAUUUAACGAUCCCACACUUCGUGAAGAUUUAGCAUACAUACAUUUUAAUUAUUCACGAAUAUAGUCAGUUAUACGCCGUUUUGAAGUAACUGUGGCAUCAUCAGAAUAUUCAGUAAAUAACAUAGUAAAUAAUGUUUUGGACUUGCGACAGUUUAUUUCCCAGUUGUCAGGACAUAGUGCUGAACGUGUGAAGAAAAAAAUUGAUACCGUUUUGCAGAACAAUCCGGGAUUUUUAACUGUAUGUCGCAUAUGAUCUUUUUGAAGGUAAAGAAGUAGAUUUUUCUGAAUCCACCCUAAAUAUGCCAUCCGUUAAAAAUUAUAUAUACUUGAAAUAUGCCCCAGUAACAUCUGUGGACGUUGAACGUACGUUUUCGAAACUUAAAUGGAUUUUUUGCGGUAAACGCCACAACCUAACGCAGUUGGUUAGCUGAACAUUUACAGCAGUUGCUGGUUAUUCGGUUUUACUUCAGCACCGCAAGUGAAUAGGUGUAGAGCUCAGUGUAGAGUGUUUUGUAAACUAAUAAACUUAAUAUGAAUCAUGGUGGAUAUUAUAAAUCGUCAGUACAAGCUAAGACUUUGAUUUUUACUUUUUAUAUGGUGUUUGCACCUCAGUUUCUACAGAGUUUAACUUAGCGUCCUGAGUCCGCCCCUGAUAAUGACGUCAUGUGCGAAUGAAGUGCGGUCUCUAUUCAUAAUGCACUAAUACGCAAAUUCCAGGUGCCCCUAAUACAAGAACUAAAGUGUAUUUUAAAAAAUAAAUAACUAUUUGAUAAAAAAAAAAAGAAAUUCAAAUUUUAUUCAGGUGAAUACAUACCCCUAAAAAACUUACCCCCACUUAAAGUUACACCCUGUAUUCAGUCUAUUUCUACUAUUUUAACAGAAAUUUGUACCUAUGUGGCCAUUCCUCCAAACCCGUUAAUUGUAUCAUAACACAUGUCAUGUACCAUAUUAAGGAAAUGAAGUACAAUAUGAUCAAACUUAAAAAGUUAAAAAAUAAUAAAAUAGAGCUUGUUUUUGUGCACAUUAUAAUGCCGGAUAAAUAUAAUAUGCCAUAUAUAUGCAAAUAAGAGAUUGCUAAAAAUAAUACUAAAUAUAUUUAGCAAUGCACACACUUGAGGAAUUUAGCAUACAAAAAUAAUGUAAUAAGGUGUAACAGAUCGAGCUGCUUAUGUUGGGUAAAUUAUUAGGACAGCUUGUUUCUUAAACAUGUAUACUCUAAUUUAUUAACACACCAUAUACAUUUUAUAUGGUGGAAACGAUUAUUAAAAAUACACAGAAGGUUUUUUAAAACAAUAGCGAAUUUUGCUUUUUUAAAAUAAAUCACAA